CAUCAGCUCUGGGUGACUCGACAGAAAGACUCCGAGCAGACGGCCUCGUCGGUGUUCAACGGAAUCGACCUCGUCGACCCGGUCGUCAACUUCACCACUUUCAGUGCCGACAACGAGAACAUCGUAGACCAGGUAAGUGGUGCUUCUUCCUCGCCCUACUCCACUCGGCCAUGAACUUGCAGCCACACAACUUCAUGCUUGUUGCGCGUACGUCCAUUUCGAGUGAAGCGAUUCCAACGUCGCUUCCACCAGAAGAUAACGGCCCAUUCCUCUCGACCGGCCGUAGUAUUGCACACCAAUUUACACGUAUCCGAUUAUGCGGUUGUUUGCUUACAAAUUAUGUUUUUAGCAAAUUAUAUGAUUGUUUUUAA